AUGUCACCGAGGCUCACCAUCCCGGACCCCUUCGCCUCCAUCCCGCGGGUAAACCUGCUAUACCCAUUCUCGUCUCCAAUCCACCCCCUGCAGAACCUAUCGAAGUUAGCCACAGGCUCAGCAGCAAAAGGAAAAGGUAAUGUCCGCGUAUCCCUCUACUCAAAGCGCGAAGACCACUCCUCCCCGCUCGCAUGCGCGGGGAACAAGUACCGCAAGCUCGAGUACAUUAUCCCGGACAUCCUUUCUUCUAGCCCACGCUUCGGCGCUGGCGUUGCGGCGGACUCCCCUGUACCAUUGGACGGGAGAAAGAAGGUGACGACCCUUGUCACGGAGGGCGCGAUACAGAGUAACCACACGGUACAAGUUGCGUCCGUGGCAUCGAAGCUCGGGCUUGAGUCCGUGGUGCUUUUGCACAAGGGUACGGGUGGUGGAUUAUCCAGUGCACAAGAUAAAGACGCCUUCCUGAGGACGGGCAAUGUGCAGGUUGUCAAAUUGCUCGGUGCGGAUGUAAGGAUGUUUGAGAAGCCGGUCGCACCGAAGACGCAGGAUGAUCUCGUUGAAGAGGUUCUGGAGGAUCUGAGGGCUUCGGGGAAAGUUCCCUACUGGAUUCCAUCGGGGGCGAGUCUGCAUCCGUUGGGUGGAUUAGGGUAUGCACGGUGUGCGUUUGAGAUUGCGGAGCAGGAGAGGGAGGUCCUGGGGCAUCCUGGCGGCAAUGGUAUAGAGCAGCCGCGGUUCGAUUAUAUCUUCGUUGCGUGUGGGAGUGGGAGUACGCUUGGUGGGUUGAUUGCGGGCUUCAAACUGGCCGAGAGAUCCCAGUCGCAACAGCGAACUCGGAGACCGCGCAAAGUCAUUGGGAUCCUCACAUCGCCUACAAUGCGAAAGCCGUACCACGAAGAGCGCAUACUGCGCUUCGCGCGACGCGCAGGCGAGAUGAUUGGCUUGGAUCCCCAGGCUGAUAUCACGAUGGAUGAUGUUAUACUGGAUGACCGAUUCGCAGGGGAGAGAUAUGGUGUGCUAGACGCGCGGACGAAGGAGACGCUCUCUCUAGUAGCCGAAAAGGAAGAGGUCAUGCUUGAUCCUGUGUAUACGGCAAAGGUGGCGAGGGGGAUGAUGCAUUGGGCUACUGGGGAUGAGAUAGAGAAGGAGCUAGCCAAUCCUCCUACUAAUGGAGACCAACAGGUCAAUGUCCUGUUCAUCCACACAGGUGGGCAGUCUGCCUUGGGUGCGUACGCGGACAUAUAG